UGUUACUUACUGUGGUUGUUGAUGAAUUAUAUGUACGUUGUAUGUUGUUGUUUGAGUGUGUACGGAGCAUAUAGAUAGAGUACUAUGUAUGCCAUGGAUGGCUUCUUGCUCAAGUGUCAUGUAAGCGAGCACCUGCGGCAUGCCGAACCGAGUGCAACGGAGGCAAGUGAAACCCUCACCGGAAGCCGAAAAAGACAAGAAUCGCAGACCGGCCAAGUUCCGACCUGAACCGUGGUGAGCGAGGAGCCUCGUUGAUAGGCUGGCGGCUGCGAGUCAGGCUACGUUGAGCUUUCAGCGGGCGAUGGGGCUGACAGGAAACGGACGAUGGUUGGAGGAAAACUCUGGUCGGUGGAGAGGAUCAGAGCACACUAACAACAUGAUCCACUGCCCGGUGAGCUUCAAACGGGAUGGGAAGAGGGGGCGAGUGGAUGAAUCGGCACCCCGAGAGCAGUUUGGUUGGCAGGCAUGCCGAGGCCGAGACGGUCGGGCGAAGGCCGAGCACUCGGGAUGGUCGACGGUGAGCAGGAUAUGGUUACGGUGAGCCAGGAUGGUCUGCGUCAGUUGGAUGUACUUAUCAAGGGCCGGUUGCUGCUGGAGAUUAUAUUAAAGCUUCCUGGUAGAGUUUCUCGUGCGUCGGGGUUGAUGAUCCUUCCCUCCCCUCCUUUGUUCGCCCUUGUCCUCGGACCUUCGAAAGUUUACUUGCAUCAUUGCAUGUGUGGAAAGUCGGGAUCGGCCCUUGGCCCCGAGGGGAUUUCCCAACGCUUGCAGAAGGAGGAAAAAUUAAUAAAAAAGAAAAAUCUGCGUGCAGAGGGGCCCACUUGGCGCCCGGGGAUCGCCCUCGAUUUCGCCAGGAACUGCGUCGGAACCGGCAACUUUACUACGACGGGUUCGCUGGUUGCUGGCUCAGGGGUCAGUUGAAUCAUGAAAGGGAGAAAAUUUUUCUUCCUGGGUCCGUCUGGAAAUCUUGGAGGCUUGACAGCCAGACACCCGAAACGAAGAAAAUUCAGGAACGUAGUGGAUCGAAGCUCGUCAACAAUGCUUUGUUCAGUAGGUUCUGACUAAGAGCCGGCAUAGUAGCGGGAGGCAGGGCAGGCGGCGGCGCCCGCCUCUUAUUAAGUGAGGUAAUAUUAAGAGUGGCCGCUCGCGGCAUCAAUCAAGGGCGGGUGGAUCAGCCCAUGCGCCCCCCUCCUUUCAAACAUUGCACUGUGACACGGAAUGGACGGAGACAGCGACGAGUGGCCACUGGCACUGCAAAGUGCAAUGGAUGCGUUGGUCUCGCGUAACGUCAAGAUGUCAGUUUUGCUGCCAACCCGGGGUGGUACCUCCGUCGGUAUGGAUGUAUGUAUGUAACCACGAUGUCGUCUGUCUGGUGACGAGGGUCGACCCAACAUCAUGAUCUCGGAGUGACCG